CUGGUUCCCGUUUUGUAGUCUGUUUCUUUCUAAAUAUUUUCUGAUCGAAAAACAGAAAGAAGAAAAAUGACAGAAAGUGUAAACGGAUCCAGUCCUGUGUGUACAGAAUUUACUGAUAUUUCACUGCAAGAAGGACAGAAGAAAAAGAAGAAAGUGCCAAGAAGAAUAUUACACUUUAGUGAUGGUAUAUUAGAAGAAUAUUCGACAGAUGAAGAAGAUGAAAAUCCUCCACAACCAGUGGUUGAUACUAAAUCAUUAACAUGGGUGCCAUGGGUAUGGUACCAUGUUGUUACUGUAUCAAAGAAAGCUCUAUCAGUGGCUGACACAUGUGGAGAACAUCUUGCCUGGUUCUUUGGUAUUACAACACCUAAAUAUCAAUAUGCAAUAGAUGAAUACUAUAGACUGAAAGAAGAGGAGGAAAGAGAAAAGAAGCAAGAUGAAAAAAGAAGACAAAGAAUGGAGGAAGAAAAAUUAUCUCAUGUAGAAGUUGACACCAAGAUACAUUCAAGUGAACAAUCUAUUACUGAGACAAGUGAUAUCAAAGUAGAAGUUUUAAAAACAGACAAUCCAUCGGACGAUCAGAAAGAAGAGAAAUACUGAUUGUUGAUUUGUUAUUUUACAUAUAUGCAUACUGAACAUAGCCACUUGUCUCUCUAAAAAAAAAGACCAAUUUGUCAUU